AUGGCACCAUGGACCUCCGAUACAGUAACUCACAGCUCGGAUGCUAAUGGAAGACGCAGCUGUCCCGGUGGGCGCCCGGGUCCCAGGUGUGCCUGGGACGGUAGCAGAGCGGUUCCGCCCAGGCCUGGGAAGCUAGGCGCAGGCCUGGCGGGGCAUCGUCUCUGCCGCGGGUGCGGGGCAGGCUCCCAGGCCCCGGGGCACCCGGGCCCGCCCGGGGAACGAGCUGGAGGCCGCCGGUGCGCGCCAGGAUCGGGGUCCGGACGCCAGGCUGCGGGCCGGCUGAGGAUGCAGGCGCGGGGAGCGGCGCGGCGGGCCCCAGCACCCGCAGGGAGCGGUGCGGAGCGCGGUUCCAGUAUGCCUUCUGCAGCAUGGCAGAGGUGACCACUGAAAACCGGUUCAAGGGCUGACAAGAUGGCUCAGCCAAUACAAGAGCCUUGUAGCGCAUGCAUGACGACUUAGCUGGAUCCCAGAAACCCAGGGUGAAAGAAGAGAACUCCCGAGAGUUGUCCUAUGACCUCCACACACCUGCUCUGGCCCGUUGCACAUCCACGCUCACAACCCACCCA